ACGUGUCUCACAGAAGUAAAACAGUAACAUCGAUGCUAAAUGAUGGAUCAUUUAAAAGGGAAGGCGAAAACAAUGUGGGCCAAUGCGAAGAACAGACAUAAGAGUGGGAAAAGCGACAAGCCUUUAAUUGAGAAGAACAACAACGACGUGCAGGAUGGUCACAGUUAUGACAACCCCAUGGCUAAUAAUGUCUUCAAUCAAGAACAUUUCCAGAGACUUUACUCAACCUGUGGCGAUGGAUACGUUUGUCCUGUGCAGCCUAAUUCAGAGCAGGAGAACAGCAAACAAGACAUUUCUUGCCUCAAUACAAGAGUCGUGUCUGACAGCUUCCCAAAGUCUCCUGCAGAACUGGACCAGAACCUGAAGCAGCAUCUUUUAGAUCUUUCAGCUUUUUCUAAAAAGCUUCAGAGAAUUGACCCUCAGUUUUCUGGAGAGAUGAAGGGAUACCUGAUCAACCGUUGUCAUCAUCAGAUGUUUGCUCACCUCCAUAAUCUGCUCCAGAACAUCAGCUGGUCCACAAACUGCCUUGUGCUGAUGAACUGGGUCUCAGAUAUAUACCUGAGUCAGGACAUGCCUGGGAAUCCCCAUCAACAGUUGCUGAAUAAAUGGGAAGCAAAGGCAAACGUCAAACUGUUUGAAAGUCUGAAGAAAGAGACCAGUGAGUCUUUGCACAAAAUCCUGAUAACUCAUAGAAGACAAAAAUGCCAUGAUGACGAAAAUUAUGUUGGACUUUAUGUGGACGCUAUACAGUGUGUUGAUGGCCAUCUCCAGAGAGUCUGUAACAUCAGCUCAGCUCUGUAUGAUCAUGUGAAGGAGAUUUGUUUCCAAGAGCUGCUGAAGUUUGUAAAGAGCUACGCAGCGGAGCAGGAUGUGUUUCUCAGUAACGAAGAACAGACCUGGAAGGAAAGAGAGGAACAGAUGGAAACAGUAGUCUUCCUCAAGACUUUGAAAACAUGUAAAGAACUCAGGACGUAUGUCCAGCUUAAUGAAGAUGAUAUCCAGCUUCCUGAACUGAAGGAAACUCUGGAGGUGCUGGAAAAGCUAGAGACUUCAACUUUCAACUUUCUGAAGAAAAUAGUUUCUUACAUUGCAGAGAGAGGUGUUAAAAGUUACUUCAAGUCAGGUAACUGGUACAACCUCCAGCUGGAGACUUUGAGCAAUCUUUUCCCAAAUCUGUCGUAUGGCUCGGAUGAGCAAAAGAUGGUGAUGAAUGAAGCUUAUAAGAUCUUCGCUCACACUUACUUGAAACAUCUCAUUAAAAAGAGAUGCUGCAGGCGUAAACUGAGACCCUGGAUGUCUGAUGGUGGGAUUUUAGUCCAACUUGAUGCACAUGAUCUUCACAGCACAUUCUCUAAACUGGCUCCUGGAGUCCAGCCUUGGAACUUGAUGCUGCUAAAAAUCCCAGAGGUGUUGCAUAGCAAUGACAUUGAAGGGCUGAAGCUCACCGUGGCACAGUUACAGAAGGACUGUGUUGAACAGAGUGUCUGUAGCGAGGACCUGCAGCUUCUUCCAGCUCUGCUGCGAUGGAAGGGUCUUUCUAAUCAGAAAGUCAAUGAGGUGCUGGAAGCCUUACCUGGUGGUCCACCAGGUGACGAUGCCACGGUGAACACCAGAACCAGGCUUGGAUCUUUCUUCUUGUGUCUAAUCUGCUGUAGCUGAACUGUUCCACACAGGAUCAGCUGAAGAUGAAGGGACAGAGCUAAUCCAUUCGACUUCAGUUUUAUUUUAGGUCUUCAGAUAAAGACGUAGACUAAAUGGACAUUUAUGCACAAUCGUAAACCUUAUAUCAAACGUAGCUGUCCUCAUACUUCCACACAGCUUUUAUGUUGCCAUGGUUGUUAAGUCAAUUCCUCCACUAGUGAGCAGUGCUAAGUUCAGAGUUCACUCCUGUGAUCUGACGGCAGUUUCAGAUGGUUGGCAGUUGUUUCCAACCGUCCAAUGCACACUAAAAACAUACAGUCUUUCUUCAAAAGCUUUGACAAUUUCUACAGUUGCUGUCCUCAUCUUCAUUCUUCUUCUGCUUUUUUUUUCUACCUGUUCCUCUUCUUCUCUGGUUUGUUUCUUUCACUGGUCGCAUGUCAGCUAUUCUGCUCAUUUCCGGUGGUAUUGAUCCGUUUUCUGCGUGAAUCAUCGGAAAGCUAAGCUGCCUGAAAACAGACCAGCACAGAACCAACUCAAUUUUGGUUGAGUUUGGCUGAUGGCAAAUUACAUGAACAUAAGAUUUGUUUUGUGCUCAAGUGAAAUUAAAAAUUAUUAUUAUUUUUUUUUUUUUUAAAUUUCCACUUAAGUGAAGAUUUUU